UGCGAGGUUAGUUUGUGUUUUUGUAGUACUAUUAGUAUCUGCUAAUCUUAUCUGCGUAGUGCUAUACAGCUUAUUUUAGCUAGUCGCGCUAGUUCGUCAAAUUAGCUAGGCCCGUCAUUUAUCUUGUGCAUUGUACAUUAAUUAUAAUUAUAUGCCAUUUUACUAUCUAAUAAUAUAUUAUUCCAUUUAUUCGCAUCUUGCGGCAUCGCGCUAUAGCAGUCGACGUAUAACACUUCUUCUAAUCUGUCUGCGGAGCCCGAUCGUAAUUACGUUUCUUAUCCUUGGGAGGUUUGCAAGUCGCAGCGGUUUGGUAGCGGCGUUAGUUAUUUUCUGUUAUUAUUUUCCUUCGGCGGGAUUGUCGAUUAGCGGGAUAGCGAUAUUGUCGUGUAAAGUAGCCGCGAUUAAUUAAUCACCGUCGCAAGUACAGCUAAUUAUUACGGACGUUGAAUAUCAUUUCUACAUGCAAGACCGCAUUCCGCUGCAUGAGCGGACGGGGCCGGGGAUUUAAAUUAAGGGAGCGGACGAGCGGAGGCAAUAAGAUAAUAAGAUAUAUAUCCUGCAGGCAGAAGCUGAUCCGUUUUGCGGGACGCGACGGUAAAAAGCGCCAACCGAUAGGUCACUGACAACUGCAACGCCCAUGGUAUACCGUGGCGCUAGCUGCAUAAUACUGUAGAUGAGUGGCCGGAGGAGGCGGGCAGUGUCCAGUUGAAGUAGUGGGAAUGGACAAGAGUUUCGCCGGCACCGCUCCCGCUCCCGGCAGUCCCGCCGCGGCGUCCGUGCAGCCGCAGCGCAACGGCUCCGUCAGCGGCAGCGGCAACGGCAGUCCGCAGAUGCAUCUCCACGCCGCCGACGCCAGCCUCCCGUCCACGCCAGAUGCGGCGGCCGACGUUGGGAAGAUGUUCGUCGGUGGUCUAAAUUGGCUGACCAGCAGCGACUCGUUGAAGGAUUACUUUAGCCGCUUCGGUCCGGUGAAGGAGUGCGUCAUCAUGAAGACGCCGCUGACGCGCAAAUCCCGGGGUUUCGGAUUCGUGACCUUUGUGGAUCCGGCCGACGUGAACAAGGUGCUGCAGAUGGCCCACCACGAAGUCGACGGGAAGAAGAUCGAUCCGAAGGUGGCCGUGCCCCGUCGGAGUCCGGCCGGCGCCACCAAGACGCCGGUGGUGACGCGCACGAAGAAGGCCUUCAUCGGCGGCCUCCCGGCCAACACCACGCCGGACGACCUGCGCAGCUACUUCUCCACUUUCGGCACGGUGGAAGAUGCUGUCCUCAUGAUUGACAAGAACACACGCCGGCACCGAGGCUUCGGCUUCGUGCACUUCGCCAGCGAGGAGACCGUGGACAAAGUGUGCGACAUCCACUACCACGAGAUCAACCAGAAGAUGGUGGAGUGCAAGAAGGCGCAGCCGCGCGAAGUCCUGGCGCCGGCGCAUCUGCGCAACCGGGCCAACGCCGGCAUGGGCUUCGUCCUGCCGCUGCACGCGCUGACCGGCCGGAACGCGGCGGCCGGCGCUUACUUGCCCUUUCCGCCGUACGACGUCGGCGCGGCGGGAUACGGCCGGCUCGGCGCCGGCUACCCCGGCUUCGGCAUGCUGCCCUUCUUCCCAGGUUUGCCGGCGUAUUUAGGCUUUUACCCGCCCUUGGGCGGCGGUAGUCCUACCGAUUCCGGCCGGCUGGACUCAGUGAGUAAGCGGCUGGAGGAGAUGUCGCUGCUGGAGCAGCUGACCAGCGCCGCGCUCAGCGGCUACACCGCCUCCGCCGCCACCUCCGCGGCAUCGGCGUCCGCCUCAUCCGCCCGCGCGGCUGGAGCGUCUGCAGCGUCCCGGGAGCGCGUUCCGCAGGCCGCCGGCCACUCGCGCUCGUCCCCGCAGAAUAACCAGCCGACGACCGGCACCGCCCCGCACCGGACACCCUCCGGCGCCGACGGCCUCUUCGGUCAGUCGCCGUCGGGAGGCGCCUAUCCCGCCCACGCGGCCCGCGGCCUGCAGGGAAAAGAGCCGACCGGCAGCCUCCCGCCCGCCGGGACGCGGCCGGCCUUCGGAAGCCAGCCCAAUGGACCACCGGCCAACCACGGCCCCGUCGGCACCGUCGGCACCGCCGGCCACGCCCAUACUCUCAACCACGCCCACCUCAACCGGGUCACUUUACCCGGCGCCGCAUCCUUCGCUUCCGGCUACACAUAGAGCAACCCGAGUCAGUUGUUGACCACUCACUGCGUGCAUUUGUUCUCCCCGUCCGUAUCCACAAUUUUGCCGUCGCGUCAUCAGGAAGCCACACCGGAAAUCACAGCGUGUACUUUGUUGUCAACUGCCAUAUUUAUUUCUGCAUAGCACUUUCGCCAGCCAGAUCGGAGAUUUGUUGUGUUCUGUUGCCGUCUCGAUAGAAAUCAUAUUCGUCCACGUAAAUUGUUGUUAACUGUGCUAACCUUCGUGAUCAGAAUGCAGAGUUAUUUAUUUACAGAGAACAAGGUAGAUUUUGCCGCGUGUUCGUUUAAUUGUUGCUGCAUGUGCUGUACGAAGUAUCUGUAAUUCUGUCUGUCUGUACUCGUGUUGAAAAAAAUGGGAUUAAAUCAUCGCU